AUGGCGGCCGAGCCCACCACGUUCCUCCCAGGCCCACUUCCAGUAGACACGAGCCACAUUCUACAAUGUCCUACUUCCGCCUUGCCUUUUCUUCAGGAGCUGCGCGCGCGCUGGCCUGUCAACGAAAAUGACCCUUCUAAGAAACUCCCACAGCUUCAAGCUAUGCCAUCCGCUGAACACGCGGACAAUGCGACGCGGCUUAAGAUCGCCGGAGACGCCACACGCGACGACAUGAAAACGGAUUCCGUCGCAAGCGAGCCGGAGCGGGGCCUCACGGAGAACCACGCCCAUACGUAUGUAUCAUCGGGGAGCGCGUGCGUGGAUUUCCUCUUCCACGUGCUUCCGCAGACCGAGCGCGACGGUGCGCACCGGCAGCUCGAGGCCGCGUGGGCGGAGGACCCAGCCACGGCGCUGCGACUGGUGAUGCAGCUGCGCGCGGUGCGCGGCACGGGAAAGAGCGACCGCUCCAGCUUCUUCCACUGCGUCACGUGGCUUUAUCAACACCACCCGCGGACGCUUGUGCAGAAUCUCUGGCUCGUGCCCGAGUUCGGAUGUUUUAAGGACCUUCUAGAGAUCGUGCGGCUCGUUCUGGCGGAAGAAGGGGUAUACUCGAAUGAGGAGGAGGGGAAGAAGAUGCGGAAAAAGGGCCGCGGCGGGUUAAGGACCGACAUGAUGUGCGGGAAGGAAAAGCAGAAGCUUUGGGAGGAAUGGGUGGCGGAGGAGAGGCGGCAAAUUGAGGAGGAGAAGGAGCUCCUGGCAGCAGUUUCGCGCAAGGAAAGGCACGCGCGGAGGGCGGCGGAGGUGGCGUACGCGUACGAGUCGAGCGAGCGGCUGCGCGCCGUGCACAACGCGGUGGCGGCGAUCUUCGCGGCUGCGCUGAAGGGGGACCUGGAGACGAUGCGCGCGUUCGAAGAGAGGCGCGCGCGGAAGACCGCAGACGGGGAAGGGGCGAAGGCGGAGGAGGCGAUGGAGGAGGAGGAGAAUGAAACGGCAGGGGAGAAGGGAGUUGAACAGGCAGAGGCAGAAGGGGAGGGGGGACAGGAAGAGAUAGAGGAGAAGGGAGGGGACGGCGAGAGAGGGGGCAAGGGCAAGAAGAAGCGCAAGUGGUUGGGAAGGCCGGCGCCUAGGCUCUCUCUGGCAGCCAAGUGGGCCCCCUCCUCUGGCAAGUCGUUCGAUCAAUCCACACUGCUCACCUCCUCCAUCGCCCUCCUCCUCUUCCCCCCCUCCUCCUCUUCCUCUUCCCCCCCCUCCUCCUCUUCCUCUUCCCCCCCCUCCUCCUCUGCUGCUGCUGCUGAUUCCGGCACAGCAGCUCCCGAUGAAGGUGCAGCAGCCAUGGAUGUGGUCGACGGAGCGGCGGCAAGUGCAGGGGGGUUUGUGCGCGUGGCAAAGGAGAGGCUGCAGCGGGAGGUGCUGGCGCCGCUGCGGAGAGUGCUGGAGGUGCCCGAGGUGCACAUGAGCAGCGGGCGGUGGGAGCAGGUGGCGUACGGGCGCGUGCCGUCCGUGUGCAUGAAGAAGACCCGCAAGCUCUUCCUCUCCCACGACCAGCCGCGCUUCACAGAGUACCUGGCGGACGUGGGGGCCGGCACGGCCAAGAUUGCUGCUGGAGCGCUGCUGCCGCAUGAAGUGGUGCAAACGGCCAUGGAAGCAGCAGAGGAGGGUGACGGGAACGACACUGUGGGCGAGCUGCAGUGGAAGGCCAUGGUGGGUGAUGUGCGCAGCAAGGGGUCCCUGGGGAACAGCAUGGCGGUGUGUGAUGUGUCGGCGAGCAUGACCGGCACGCCCAUGGACGUGGCCAUUGCGCUCUCGCUGCUCGUGAGCGAGGUGAGCAGCGAGCCGUGGAAGGACCACCUGAUUACAUUCUCCGUGCAGCCCACGAUCCACCGGGUGCAGGGAGAGACGCUGGUGGAGCGCGUGAGGAGCACGCGGCACAUGGGGUGGGGCUACAACACCAACUUCCAGGCCGUGUUUGAUCUGCUGCUGUCCCGCGCACAGCUGUUCCAGCUGGACCCGGCCGACAUGGUGCAGCGCCUGUAUGUGUUCUCCGACAUGCAGUUUGACGAGGCGGGCAGGGCCAGUGGGGCCGACUGGGAGACGGACCACCAGGCGAUCGUGCGCAAGUACGCUGCGGCGGGUUACCCUGUGCCGCAGAUAGUGUAUUGGAACCUGAGGGGGGACGCUAGUGCGAGCAGCACACCGGUGCUUGCAAGUGAGGAUGGGGUGGCGAUGGUGUCGGGGUUCAGCAAGGGGAUGCUGCUGGCUGUGAUGGAAGGGAAGGAGAUUUCCCCCAUGGGAGUGAUCAAUGAGGCUAUCACUGGGAAGCUUUUUGAGCUUAUUCGAGUUGUGGAUUGA